AUGGCGACUCCCUGUACGCAUGUGAGGAAAUGAGAGGAGGAUUGUGUAGCAGAUUUUUUUUUUUUAUGUUUAGAAAGUGUGAUUAAUGUGCAAAGUGGAUUUUAAUUAAAGGUCGAUGUUCAAAAUGUUGCGUCAUGCUCUUCUGAAGGGUUUUUUGGCACGAAACGUCAGUGUCAUUGUUGUGAAAUGCGUCGCAGCUUCAUCAAAUGUGCGCAAGCCAGCUGCUGUCUGUCCUACAGAACGAGUAUAUGAAGGACCUAUGAGAUUCUUCUGUGAUUCGGUGCCUUUGAGACCACAGAAAUGGGCUGAGAGCAAUAAUGCCAGUACAAACCCCUCUGAUAAUGUGCCUGGAGAAGAAGUCAGUGAUGUUUUUGGCGAUUAUUCCCGAAAUUAUUCAUCCAGACGAACCUUCCGCAAAACAUCCCCGGAGCAGAUGGAUCUGAAAUACACCGAUGCGGAUGAGAAUGACGCUGUUGUGGAGAAAUUCAAGUCCAAAACGGGUCGAAGAAAUACAUCAUAUUGGUAUUUCCUCCAGUGCAAAAAGCUAAUUAAAUCGGGUAAACUCGCUGAGGCAUUAGCUCUGUUUGAACGUGGUAUGCUUAAAGGAGAACGGUUACAGCCUGAGGAGUUUAAUUACACCGUGCUCAUCGGUGGAUGUGGACGCGUAGGAUACCUUAAGAAAGCCUUCCAGCUGUACAAUAAUAUGAAGAAGCGAGGGAUAGAGCCAUCUGAUGCUACAUACACCGCACUGUUCAAUGCUUGUGCAGAGUCGCCGUGGAAACAAGCAGGGCUGGAACAGGCAUUGAAACUCAAGCAAGAGAUGCUCAAGAAGAACAUCCCUGUCAGUGCCAUUACCCAGCAUGCCUUGCUCAAAACAAUCGCACAUGCUGGAGAACUGAAGUCCUGCUUUCAAAUUCUGCGGGACAUGCUUCAAAGUGGACAACCCAUCACACAAGAGACAUUUCAGUAUCUGCUGAUUAGCUGUGUGAAAGACAAGCUGCAGGGCUUCAGACUGGCUUUACAGGUGUGGCAUCAGAUGCUUAGAAUUGGAAUAAAACCUGACACCCAGAAUUACAAUAUACUCCUGCGUGCAGCACGAGAUUGUGGGAUAGGUGAUCCUGAGCUGGCGUCUGCAUUACUCCUGAGGGGUACGGAAGAGGAGACCCCAAAACUCAAGAGUGGAAGGAUAAGCCGCAGGAUGAAAGUCAAAGCGGAGAGCUCAAAUCUUCAGCCCUUAGAUAUGGAUGCAUUUGAGAAAGAGCUAUUUGUAGACACCCAUACUCGUAAAGCUCGCAUCCUAAACACGCACACAAUGAGCAAUGGACAUGCCGAAGAAAGUGAUUUGAUUACUCAGAAGGAAAAAGAUCAAAGCAGAAUACACACAUCUCAAGAUGCAACCCAAAUUCUGUCUGUAUCAUCGAGUUCAAAACAGAAGGAUAUAAGUGGCUCUCUGACCUUUCAAUCACAGAUGUCAACACAAAGUAGCAGUCUCCCAAACCUUCUGGACCCUUCGACUUGCCACUCAGGUGUGGUUGCCUUGGCCCCUGUGAAUAGUGCCUCUGAUAGACUUGCGUUAAUUGGAAACCUUGAAGGCUUUUUGGAGAAGAUGGCCAGUGAUGGAUUGGAGCCCACCAUUAAAACUAUCACGCUGUUGGCUGAUGUCAUGGAACCUGGAAGCCAGUCAGUGCAGAGUUUGAUUAGUGUGGCCAAAAAGAGUGGCGUCAAGUUGGAUGUGACUUUUUUUAACAUCCUAAUCAGAAGGAUAGCCAAAAUUGGGGACUUGGAUGGUGCUAAGGCUGUAAAAGCCCUGAUUGUCAGUAGAGGCUUGGUUGCAAAUACACAGACAUUCUGUAGCGUUGCACUGGCUUGCCGCAAACAGAAAGAUGGACUACAACUGCUUUCUGACAUGGAGUCAUGUGGCCUUGUACCGAACGCUCAUGUGUACAGUGCCCUGAUCAGUCAGGCAGUGAAGCGUUUGGACUAUGCUUAUCUGCAUGAGCUUCUCCGUCACAUGCACAAACUGCAGGUGCCACCCAAUGAUGUCAUCAUCAGACAGCUGGAGUUUGCAGCUCAGUACCCAACCUCCUAUGACAAGUUAAAGUCACAGAACACAUACCUGGAGAAGAUUGAUGGUUUCCGUGGUUUUUACAAACAAUGGCUGGAGUUCAUGCCUGGUCAAGAAACACCACAUCCCUGGGACAAAUAUCAGCCCUCAGAUCCGCAAACUGAAGAAGAUGAGAUCUCACAAAAUCAAGUUUCUGAAUAAAUCCAAUUCCAGAAAUGUGUUUUACUAAUAAAUGAGUGUCUCUAAGUUUCCUGAACUUAAGUUGAAAUGAAUAAGGCUAAUCUGAGGCUGGUUGUGCAUACGUCAAGUAAGAACUGUACAAAUGAUUUCUAUAUAUUUUGUGUGUGUGUGUGUGUGUGUGUGUUGAUUGAAUUGUUUUUAAAGAAAAAGUACAAAAUCAGUAAUCUGUCACAUACACUGCCAUUUGCACUUGGCCAUACAAUGGUUCAAAGUUCUAUUCGGGAUGGUUU